AUGAAUGAAUCGAGGUGGACUGAACGGAGGAUUCUGAACAUGAGCAGUGGCAUCGUGAAUGUAUCUGAACAUCAUUCCUGCCCACUUGGAUUUGGCCAAUACAGUGUGGUGGAUGUCUGCAUCUUUGAGACAAUUGUUAUUGUUCUACUAACUUUUCUGAUCAUUGCUGGGAAUUUAACGGUCAUCUUUGUCUUUCAUUGCGCUCCACUCUUACACCAUUAUACUACCAGCUACUUCAUUCAGACAAUGGCAUAUGCAGAUCUUUUUGUUGGAGUUAGCUGCUUGGUUCCUACUCUCUCACUUCUCCACUACUCCACAGGUGUCCACGAGUCAUUGACUUGCCAGGUUUUUGGAUAUAUCAUCUCAGUUCUAAAAAGUGUUUCUAUGGCAUGUCUUGCUUGUAUCAGUGUGGAUCGCUACCUUGCGAUAACCAAGCCUCUUUCCUACAAUCAACUGGUCACCCCUUGGCGCCUGAGAAUUUGCAUUAUUUUGAUCUGGAUCUACUCCUGCCUCAUUUUCUUGCCUUCCUUUUUUGGCUGGGGGAAACCUGGUUACCACGGUGACAUUUUUGAAUGGUGUGCCACCUCUUGGCUCACCAGUGCCUAUUUUACUGGCUUUAUUGUUUGUUUACUUUAUGCUCCUGCUGCCUUUGUUGUCUGCUUCACUUACUUCCACAUUUUCAAAAUCUGCCGGCAGCACACCAAAGAGAUCAAUGAUCGAAGGGCCCGAUUCCCAAGCCAUGAGGUGGAUGCCUCUGGAGACACCGGACACAGCCCUGACCGCCGCUAUGCCAUGGUUUUGUUUCGGAUAACCAGUGUAUUUUACAUGCUGUGGCUCCCCUAUAUCAUUUACUUUCUCUUAGAAAGCUCCCGGGUCUUGGACAACCCGACACUAUCCUUCCUUACAACCUGGCUUGCUAUAAGUAAUAGUUUCUGUAACUGUGUAAUAUACAGCCUUUCCAACAGUGUUUUCCGGCUAGGCCUCCGAAGGCUGUCCGAGACGAUGUGCACAUCUUGCAUGUGUGUGAAGGAUCAGGAAGCACGAGACCCCAAACCUAGGAAACGGGCUAAUUCCUGCUCCAUUUGAAGAGAACUACACAGUAAAGCAAAUGUAAUCCAACAGUGGUUUUGGAUCGUGUUCUUGAUUUCAUCUGGAAUUUUGCCAACAGAGAAAUAUUUACUUGAAUAAUUGACUAUGAAAUGAUGAGGCAAAAGGUUUCAUCUCCCCCUCCCCCAGCCACACACACUUUUUCAUGGAAAACACAACGAAAGGAAAGGAUGUAUAGAGGUUAAUCUCAUGAGGUAAUUAUGUAGCAUGUGAGUAUAGAUGUGCAAUAAGACGAAAAAUUAAGCACUGAGGAUGAAAAAAGUAUCUCACAUCUUCCACAGGACAUGAAGCAACUGGCGCAUCAGAGCAAGCCUCUGCCUCCCUCUGUGUCUGACUGAACUUUCUUUGCCUCUGUCUUUGACUCUCUGUCUGUCUGUCUUUGUCACUCUCACUCUCUUUGUGUUUGUGGAAGUUAUUACUUACAUAUAUUGUAAUGCCAUAUAUUAUAUAUGUGGCAAAGUACAACCUUUUGCAUCAAAAUGUACUUUUAAACACACUAGUCUGCUAUUUAUAGAUGGUCUCUCUCUCCAUGGAGGGCACAUAGUAAGUGUAUUUUAUUUCUUGCUACACAGCCCCUUUGCUUGUGUUUUUACAGAGUUCUCUGCAGCACAAAUUUUCUGCUAGAAACAAAAAGAAACAGUAUUAUUCUUUCUUCUGGAUUAAAUGACAUAUGCUCUUUUCCCCUCUUCCUAAAAGCCUGCUAUUUUUUUCUGUCCAUUUUUCUUGUCUUGCGUCCUUUGGUACCUUAAUCCUGAAAUGUCUUAGCUAAUGAAGGAAUCUGCUGUAUAAAGCAAUCGUAAUGUUAAAUAAUUUAUUCCUUCCAACAAAGCAAUCUAGUAGCCUGUUUGGGAGAUUGUGUUAAACAUUUCAGUGGCUUUUGGAAACGUUUUCAUCUGGUUCUUUUAAAAUUAGCUCAUGUGCCUAAAGUGGUGUCUUUUUGCUAUAGUAAAGCUUUUGUUUGUUUCCUUAAGAAAACCCACAAAUAAUUCUAAAUUAAGUGCAGGGUGCUUACCCAGCAGUGAAAUCAUCUUGAUGCUGCUUGAAAUGUCUUUUUUUUUUUUUUUUUAAUAAAAUAUUAACCAUUUGGUGUUAGGUCUACAAUAGCUUACUACUGUGUGCACCAAUCAUUUGUGAGAUUAUGUAUUUGCACAUACUAUAUUUUUUACAACAAAGAAAAUGUAAAUUAUAUUAUGUGGUUUGUGCCUAAUGUUUUCUUAGCACAAUGAAUAGAUCAAUGUUGUUUAAGCUGUCAGAUUUGAAACGAUAUAUACAGAAAUUCAUUUAAGAGAACAAUACUUUGUGUAGUUAUGUAGAUAUUCAUAUUAGACCAAGUGGCAUUCUGAGUGCUGCUGAGAAUACAAUAUACUUAAUUAUCAAAUACAGGUAAGAGCAGUCAGUAUUUUCUUUUGUAAUGAUCUGUUUUCAGAUUCAGAGAUUAAAUUAACUUAUUUUUUAGUGUGCUACACGGGAUCGUGCAGUAAAUUGUCAGGGGUUUAGAUGCAGCAAAGUGGGCAUUUGGGAAAUUGGUAGUACGGCGGCUGUGAGCAGUAAAAGAUUUAAGUUUUACUUUUUUACCCUAAGUUUCCUGACUGAAAGAUAUUUUAAAAUUUAUAUCAAACUACUGAGUAUUUUUCUUCUCAGCAUUUUUGAUUUCUUUGUUUUAUGAAAUGCAUUUAAUGAAAUGUGCCUAUGACUCUUCACAUUGGAAGCCAACCAUGUUUGUGUUCUGGUGGUUUGACUUCAGAGAAUCUUCAGUAGAAAUGUUAUUGUUUUAUUGAGGUUGUUCUGAACCCCUGUGUAUUUUUAAACAUGUAAGAAAGGUUUAAAAUAAAAAAUAAAAUAGUAUUCUAUAUAUCAAAAUCAGACUUUGCUUUGGUUUAAUAAAAGGCUUACUUAGAACAAGAGUUUAAUCAUUUGGGAAUCAAAACUUAAUUGUUUUCCACUUCUGUGGUUUGGGUUGUUUAUAUUCUUGUCCCAUUUGCCACCGGCAUCUCGGAUAAGUGGAAAUGCUUCUUUGAAGCUCAUACCAGUUCAAUGGAUAAUAGUAAUGCUAACUUUCCAGUCGUCAUCAAUAGAACCUUCCACAUUAUCCCUAUCAUUAGGGCAUCAGCUUUUAGUUCCUUUAGUUUGGAAUGUAAAUAUAAUUAGAAAUGACUGAGUAGAUCCUCUGUGGAAAACCUGAGACCACACCUAUUGCAUUUUCCUCUUCUAGCUUUUCCCCAUAAUAAUCAAUAACAACUAUGUGCCGGGCACUGUGUUAAGUUUUAUAUAUAUCAUCACACUUAAUCCUCAUUACAACACUUUCAGGUGGGUACUCCUAUUGUUGCCACUCUAGAGAUGGGGAAACGAAAAAAAAAAAAAAAAGUGAUUUAUCUAAGGUCACUCAACUAGUAAAUAGCAGAGCUUCAUCUACCCUGUCUGCCUGGAGCCAGCACCUAUAUGCUUCACCACUAUGCUAUACUGGCUUUCUUUGCAAAAGCCUUCCAACCUUUGUGCCUCUUUCUGUAUCUUUUCUCUACAGGAUUUCUCUGAGUGUUAUUUCUUUUCUUCCACACCCUACAUUUUUUGAUUCCUCACAUCCCUUAUCUUUUGAUAUCUUUUUCUUGAUCUUGCAAGUCUCUUUUAUUAAAACAGCAAUUUCAGAAGCCCAAACUUGUCAGUUUAGCCUACAGUCAUACUAAAACCUGGGGAAUGACUUUUGUUCAUUUUUGUUAAAUUUCCCUUGAAUAGCUUUUUCCAAUCUCUAUAAAUUACUUAUUGAAAAAAUUUUUCUAAGAGGAAGAGUGGAGAAAAAAGACUUUAUGAUAGGCUAAGAGAGGACCCUCUGUGAGGCAAGUUCUAGGUUUAGGUUCUUCAUUUAUUAUAAUGUUUCAUGUGCAACCCUAGGGCAAGUCACUUAACUUCUUUUUGACAUAUUUAAAUAUGUUUAUAUAAUAGGAUAAUAGUUAUUUUGAAACUACUCUUUUUUAGGUUAAUGUGUUUUAAAGAAUAGAAAGCACAACCACCAUUCCCAUCAUUGUAUUGUAUUCUGUGGGAAUUAUCCAAUUUAGAUACAAAUGAUGCCCAAAGAAUAAUGCUGUGUUCUAUUACCUAAGAGUUCUAUUAUCUGUGGAGUUGUCUGCAAAGCAAUACAGUGUUGGAAGGCUUUAUAGCUUGCUACAGUGUGGAACGUAGCCUGAAAUCAUGGCCCUCAUAAGCUGUUUGGCCUUAGAUAAGAUACUGAUGUUCCAAAACCUCAGUUUCCUCAUUGAUAAAACCCAGAGUUUAGUAUCUCCAUGUUAGGCUGGUUUCGAGGAUUAAGUGAAAUAACGUAGUUGAUGUGCUUAGCACAACUCCCAGCACACAGAAGGUGUUCAGAAUGUGUUACCUGCUGUUUUCUUAUCUUUGUAGCUGACAUACUCAUUAGCAUCAAAACUUAAAGAUCAUUAAUUGCAAUUUAAUAAUAAAAUGGAUUUUUUAAAACAGAAUUAGUCCAUCAAAUAUUAGGGUUUUCUAAGAUUUUUUUUUUCUUCAAAUCUGUUUAUACAGAUUUCAGCUUAAGUUCAGAUGUUUUUAAUAUGGAAGAGCUCCAUAAUUUCUGAAAGCUGGUCUCCCAAGAAUAAUUAUUUAUGAAGACAUCAUUUGAAAUUAAAGAUAUCCAGAAAACAGAUGUUGGCAUGAGACAGUCAGGGAUGAUUCUGAGAUUAACCUGUCUCCUUACUUUUUUGUAUUAUAUAUGCUUAAAACAUUUCUCUCUCAUCAGAGUGGCAAUAGUAGGAAAGGAUUGGUCAGCAGUGCCUUGCUGUAUUGGUUUUCAUUUUUGUCUUUGCAUUUUAAUUUUCCGAAUUAAUGAAAUGGACGAAACAAAGAUCAAUAAGGAGAUUUGCUCUACAAAUACCAGAAUUAUAUGAGUUUAGAAAUAAAUGAAGUCGCUGCCUUAAAAAACUUUUUUUUUAUCCCUCCCCACCCUGGAAGCUAAUCAUUAGGUAUAAAAAAGAUACAACUGUGUGAUAAACAGAUAAGAAAGAUUAAGAUAUGGGGCACCUGUAGUAUAACAUGCAGAGCACAGCAUCACCUACCUUCAAGUGGGGCUGUCGCAAUGCACAGUAGCAUAUGUUAGUGGGUCGAUGCUAUAUUCUGAUGUGCAGGUCCCAACCGUUGCUCAUUUUCUGAAACAAAGCUUAACUUUAUUUUAAGAUUAAGGAUGUGUAAAAAGUGGCAUAUUCUAUGACCGGAUGUAUAGAUGACAAGGGAAACAAAGUGGCUAGAAAAGAAAAAAAUAGAUUCCUUUUUCAGUAUUUCUCAUAUAUGGAAGUUUUAUCCAGUGCUAGUUUUGUCCUAUAAUUUAAAAUAGCGAUGACUUUUUUUUUUUAAUGGUAAAAGUGGUUGUCUUUUAAAAUAUUAAAAGUGACAUGAUUAGGAUUGUGUUUUUCUUCUCUAUUCUUAUUUUUUUUUUCUUUUACAAUGAGCAUGUGUUUCAUAAUCAGGAACAGAAAAAUUUUUUUUAAAGAAUGCUGACUAUUAAAGAAUAUUGUAACAGCUCACAAAACAGCUUUUCCUGACAUACAGAUAAUGCUAUCCAGCAAUAUCUCAAUACAUUCUUCUUAUGUAGAUGGUUAAUAUAGUUUUCCAACUUCUGUAAUAUUGUUAUUUCAGGUAGAUAUUCCAGAGAAACUUGAUGACCUUACACUUGAAAUAUCAGGUGUUCUUGAUUUAUAUUUGCUUCAGUAUAAACAGUUUGAAAUGUUGUUUGCUGAAUCUGAAAUGGAUCUCGAUCACUGUAUGAUAUUUUAAUAUACUAUUGAUGGCAUUUUCCAGCAUUUUUCACAUCUUUAAAUAACAGAAGGGGGAUCUUGCAUAGAGAAAUCGGUCCAGCUGGUGUGUUAACUGCAUUUCAUAGCUAAGCAGGAUUUUACUCUCAGUUCCCCAUCUCUGAAGACCAUAUCCAUAACUUUUUAGUGGCAGCUUUUAUUCCAUUCUUAUAUGUGAUUUCCAGUGAAGGUGAAGAAAAUCACAAUAAUAAAUUUACCAUGAUUCUGUUACGUCCAAUAGGUAUUUAGCAUGAAAGGCUAAAUUUGUAAUAUUAAUACUUUCACUCCGAAACUAGUCUUUGAAAUUUUUAGGUGAUAACAUAGAGCAUAACAGUAGAGUUUAUCAAAGGAUAAAAUUUGCUAAAAUUCUAAAAAGUCCCCAAAUGAUGCGUGAUGCAAGAGAAAUCAUAUUUAUCUUUGACUUUAAAAUUUUGACCCAGUGUUCUACCUAAGCAAGUAUAAAUAAGGUUGAUGUCAGCUGAAAGUACCCAAAUAUACUUUAUAAGUUUGAGGUCGUAACAUUAUGUGUCGUGAGGCACAAGCACACACAUAUACAAAAAUACAAAGUUGCAUAGCUUGUUCUUUCAAAUUCACAAUGUGUCUCUGGAUGAAAUACAGACUGAAGCAAAUAGAGAUGGCUAGUUCAUUUGUCUUAGAUCAUAUACACUCCAUGUGAAAUGCGAUUCAAAAACAUUUAUGUUCCUCAUAGAGUUUGAAGUUAAAAAUGGGUAUUACUAGAUCACACAUUUUAUACUGAUAGCCUGUUCACAGUUAUUCCGUUUACUCUUUCGGGAAUUGUAUCAUUGAAAAUGCUAAAUUGGUAAGGUUGGUGUUAUAAAUGAUGAAUUUGGAGAAGGUUAAAACAUAAUUUGGGAAACAAGUAAAAAAAAAAAAAAAACUAUCCCAAAAGCCCUGUCUAGUAUUCUAACCAACUAAAUUACAUUUGGAUUUUUCUUAUGUUUAUUACUUUGGCAAAGAAAAGAUUAUUCUGUUUUUAGAAUCGCCUGGUAUUAUCAACUUCGAAAGAGCAUACCCAUUGCCGUUGGGUCGAUUCCGACUCAUAGCGACCCUAGAGGACAGAGUAGAACUGCCCCAUAGGGUUUCCAAGGAGUGCCUGGUGGAUUUGAACUGCUGACCUGUUGGUUGGCAGCCGGAGCACUUAAUCACUACACUACCAGGGUUUCCAUCAAAAGAGCAUAGUUUCUUAUAUAUAAGAACAAAACUUGUAUGUAAUACAUAUCUUGUUUUUUGUGAAAUGUUUCUGUUAACAAAGGUCAAGUUUUAAAAUAUAAUUUAUGUUGAAGUUAAAAGAUACAAAUAAAAAUACAUUCUUGUUUUUUUCUUUCUUAAAAUAGAUUUUGAGGGAAAACUUGAUAUGCCAAGAAUUCAUUUUCUCUCACCCGCUCGUCCCAUUGCACUAAAGGAACCUUUUAAAAAACUUAAGACAUCCCCAAGAUCUUAAAAUUUUCUGGAUUUUAGGCUAUUUGGAAAUGAACCUGGAAACAUGCAUUUUGGAAGUUCAGUUAUAGAAUGUAAUGCUACUAAAUGGGUCUUAUGAUGACUUCUGUUAUUUCUACCACCAACUUUAUGUAUCAGCCCUACUUUCUUUGUUUCUAAACAUAGUUUAACACUUUGAACAAACGAUUAAAAUUUAUUAGAGGACUUUAUACUGUUUCACUUUUAUAGAGUUUAGAGCCCAGCACAUCCAAUGGUUGUUGUUAGCGGCUAUGGCGAGCCAGUGUACAACAGAACGAAAUGUUACCACUGUAAUCUUUAGGGGUUUUGUUGACUCAUUUUUGGAAGGAGAUAGCCAGGCCUUUCUUCCUAGUUUUCUUAGUCUACAAGCUCUGCUGAAACCUGUUUUGUUUAGCAUCAUAGCAGCACACAAACCCAGUGGUAGCAGGGGCAAAUAAAGGUGUUUGUUUUUUUUAAUGCUUUGAAUUCUACCCAAGUUGCCAACUUUGGGGAAAAAAAUGCUCGUAUUCUCAAUUUGCAGGCAUUGUAUGGGUUUAAUUAAUUUUUCUGUUGUUAAAGGUACACAUUUUGAAAGAAAAAUAGCAUUCUUGGGUGGGAUCACUCAUGAUGUCCCAGCUUUGGAAUAUUAACAUGGGUUAUACUCAAGUGAUUCAGUGUCCCAUGAGGAAAAUGGAAACAGGUUCCUGCCCCUCUUAUCAAGUAUGAGGGAUAAGAAAUUAUUGGAAACUGCAAAUUAAGAUUUAAAAUGCUUUUAAAUAUCUAUAAUGCCCUUGAAUUUAAGAAUUUGGUGUAUUCUAAAAGCUUUUGUGAGUAAGCACUAUCUCAUUUCACUAUGAUAUCUGAGGUAAGAUUUUCAAAGUGGCCCUAACAAGAUCAUAUAGCUAGAUAGAGAUGCUACUUCUUAUGUAGUAAUAGUAGUGCCAGUGAUAAGGUUCUUGAGUAAUUUAUUUAUGGAUGGUGGUAGAGUGACCUGACCCUUCUUUCUUGAGUAGAAAAAUUAAGGCUUAGUUGGUAUAGGAAAAAGCCAUGUGAGAUUUAAUUUUUAAUUUAUGAAGUAGAAAGGUUAUUUUAAAAUUAAUUGUAUGUUGAAGGCAAGAUUUCGAGAUCCUGGAAAAUUUUAGUGAGAUGUAUUAUCAGCUCUGCUCAGUGUUUUGAUAUUUUUUAAAACAAUUUCUUGCCUGUAGAGAGUAGUAGAACAUUUUGCAACAUUACCUUUCCUCUUAAAAACAUGACAGUCAUCUGCUGGGUGUAUUCAGAGACUUGUAGACUGAAUCAAACAGCAUUUGCUAUAUAUUUAAAAAACAGUAACAUUAAUGAUGGAGAGGUGUCAAAAUCAAACACAUUCAUGUAACUGCUUUUGAAAAGUAAUCAUGUCAUAUCCAUGUACUUUAUGUUCUUAGGUUUUUUUUUUUAAUUUCCAAUGUUCAAAUCAUCAUACGAUGGAUUUUUCUCAAGCAUUAUGAUGGAAAGGCUUUGAAGUUUCUGAUGACAGUGAUUUAUAUAUGCUUGCAGAUAGUCUAUAAAAUAUUACUUAAGGAGUCAGAGAGGUCAGGCUGAAUUAGUGAUGUUUUAAAUGAAAUCUUUUUUAUAAAUAAUUCACCUUUAUUUCAAUAAAAUAAUAUAGUUACAGAAAAAUUAAAGGACUUAACUAGGCUUAUAAAAAAAAAAAAAUAAACCAAAAAAAACCAAAACCAACCCAAACCUG